GACAGCUAACCAGGCUGGCCUCUGUCCCCCGCGGACGGCGGCAUGGCGUCCAACAGCAUCUUCGACUCCUUCCCGACCUACUCGCCCACCUUCGUCCGCGGGUCCCCCACCUGUUUGGAGCGACCCACCUCUCGGGAGUCUCGGGAAGCCUGGAGGCUCCCAAACCAAGUCCAAGCCGCCAGAGAACAUGCCCUGGAGAGGCGGCCGGCCGAUGCGACAGUGGGGGGCAGCCCAGCAGAACCAGAGGGUGGCGGGAGGCCCGUCCUGGCCCGACCUCCCUCAAACGGGACCUUGGGCCGCAAGGGGGGCUCUGUGGGAGCCUCGGGGACCCGGGCAGCUCCGCUCCGGGGGCUCCCCGCUCAGAGCAGCUGGGCUGAACCCCGCUCUCACACGGCGCAGGUGAAGGAGGUAAGGGCUGCGACCUUCCGGGCCACCGCAGAGCCAGGGUCUGGCUGCCGGCUUAGGCCCACGCCUGUCCUGGCCGCCUGCGGCGCGCUGAGCGCGCAGGCGGCCGUGGGGCCCGGCGGGCGCGCCCGGCCCGAAGUGCGCUCGAUGGUGGACGUGCUGGCGGACCACGCGGGAGAGCUCGUGCGCACCGACAGCCCCAACUUCCUCUGCUCCGUCCUGCCCUCUCACUGGCGCUGCAACAAGACGCUGCCGGUCGCCUUCAAGGUGGUGGCACUGGGCGAUGUGCCGGACGGAACCGUGGUGACCGUGAUGGCCGGCAACGACGAGAACUACUCUGCUGAGCUGCGCAAUGCCUCGGCCGUCAUGAAGAACCAGGUGGCCAGGUUCAACGACCUCCGCUUUGUGGGCCGCAGUGGACGAGGAAAGAGUUUCACCCUGACCAUCACUGUGUUCACCAACCCCACCCAAGUGGCCACCUACCACCGAGCCAUCAAGGUCACCGUGGAUGGACCCCGGGAGCCCAGACGGCACCGGCAGAAGAUAGAAGACCAGACCAAGGCGUUCCCUGACCGCUUCGGGGACCUGGAGCGGCUGCGCAUGCGGGUGACGCCGAGCACACCCAGCCCCCGAGGCUCACUCACCACCACAACCCACUUCGGCAGCCAAGGCCAGACCCCCAUCCAAGGCACCUCGGAGCUGACCCCCUUCUCCGACCCGCGCCAGUUCGACCGCUCCUUCUCGGCGCUGCCCUCGCUCAGGAACGGUGGCAGAGACCCCCUGCGGCCCAAGGACAGCGCCAGUCCUUCCAGUGUGGCCAGGACCAUGAAGAACCACAGGCAAGCCUUCCAGGUGCCACCACUCCUCCCCUCUCAGUGGCAUGUGUUCACCUCAUAG